AUGGCGCAAGAUGGCCAGACAUCGAUCAACAUUCCCCAACUCAUCGCAGUCGCAGUCGUUGGAUUCCUCGCUCUGCGUUGGUUUAUGAACAAGCCUGGAAGUCCCAGCGCUCCAUCACCUGCUGCCCGACCUGUUCUCGACAUCAACAAAAUCAAUCAAGUCUCCGCUGUGUUCCCCCAGCUGGAUCGCCGAGAGAUAGCCUGGGACUUGCACCGUAAUGGUGGGAAUGUCUCCGCUACGACAGAACGGGUGUUGGGAGGGAGAGGAUUGGAGGCAGCGCCGCCUUCAUUCCGACCAAACAUUCCCGCAGCACCGGUAGCCCAGACCGCAGCAGCGAGUACGGGAGCUAAAUCACCGAGUGCGGCACAUAGAGACUUGAUUCAGCGUUAUGGAUUACAGUCGCGUGUUGGUGGGAAAGGAAAGGAAGCGGUGGCUAGCGAGGAGCAGAAGAAGGGUGGAUGGAGUUCAGAUAAGAAUGCACGUGCCGAGGCACUUAAGAAGAGAAGGGAGGAUAUGAUUUUGGCUGCGAGGAGGAAGAUGGAGGCCAAAGAAGCGCAGGCUUCAUGA